GAACCCCUGGAGGAUAUGAUGUGCUGAUUGUCUAUGCAAGUGACGCUGCUGAAUGGUGUCAGUACCUCCAGAACCUCUUCCUCUUUACUCGGCAUGUUCGAAAACAUCGAAUUCUGAGCUACCAGCUGGAAGGCAAGUCUGCCAUCUCCCACCAGGAGCUGGACCUGUUCAAGAGAAGUCGGAGCAUCAUCCUUUUGCUAUCUGCUGAGCUGGUGGAGAGUUUUUAUAUCCCUUCCAUCCUUCAGAGCCUUCAGGAAGCUUUAUGGCCCCCGUACAAAGUAGUCAAGCUGUUCUGCGGUGUUACAGACUGUGACGACUAUUUGACCUUUUUCCAGGACUGGUCUCAAUGGCAAGAACUCACAAAUGAUGAUGAGCCCGAUGCUUACCUUGCAGCUGUCCAGAAGGCUAUUUCAGAAGACUCAGGCUGUGACUCUGUGACUGAUACAGAAACAGAAGACGAGAAGAACCCAGUUUAUUCCUGCAGACUUGCCAUGAGUGAAGAACAUGGAUCAUACAAGAGCACUGGAGAGCAUCCAGUGGUGCAGCCUGACCGCAUACGGUGUGGGGUGCACACAACAGUUUACAUUAUCAUGAAAUGCAAGCUAGAUGGCGAAGUGAGAACUGAAGUUGAAUUCUCUCCAGAGAAUGCGUCGUCUGUGCGUGUGCUGGCUAAGAUGGAAAAUGAGUACACAAUUUCUGUGGAGGCUCCAAAUUUAACCUCCGGAACAGUACCUCUGCAGAUAUAUUCAGGGGACUUGAUGGUGGGAAAAACAAGUGUCAUCUAUCACACCGAUAUGGAGGAAAUCAGCAGUCUGUUGGCUAAUGCAGCCAAUCCAGUACAAUUCAUGUGCCAG